AUGGCGGUAGCGCUCCGAGUUUAUAACAGGAAGCUCGAAGUCCUGUCGCCUGAUCUAACCAUGGCGGUUGAAGUACUCUCGCGUCGCAGUCCAUCUUAUCGGAAGAUGUUCAUAGGCGAAACAAUGCUCGGCUACACUUGCACAAAGUGUAAGAAUGCUUCUUUUGUAGAGUCAAGUUCGUUUGAAGAAUCUGGCCUGAAUCUUGUUCAAGAAGAAGGAAGCAGGGAGAAAUCUAUUUCUCAAGAUAAGGUUGUAGCACCAAUGAUUACAGUACGCCCAGUUACUGAACUGAUUGCUUCGUUGAGCGUACAAAAUUCUCUGCCCAGUGAACACAAAAAUGACAAAAAUCAAAAUGUUUUUGACGAAAUGUUUAUCAAAGUUGAGGAGCAAGAAACUUCAUUUUCAGAUUUAGAACCCUUGAUGGAGUCAUCAACAUCUAUUGAUCCGCAGUCAAGCCUAGAAGAUCAUAUAAGAAGCAUGUCUUCGAUCAGGAGGAGCAUCUACCCUUGUGGAAAAUGUGAAAAAGUCUAUUCGAAUGCCUCGUCGCUAUAUAGACAUCUAAAACUCGAAUGUGGAAAAUUGCCCCAGUACCAUUGUCCUUUUUGCCACUUCAGCUCUAAACGAAAAUUUAAUCUUGAUUCCCACGUCGCUCACAGACAUCAUGGCAUGAAACAUUUUUUAUUCAUUUAUGAUUUGUAUGAGAUGCGAAAAGAAAUAUCUAGACGAGUUUCGGCGAGGAUUCAAGAGGCCAUUAAAAUUUUCCCUACAGCGAAUGCUUUAGAAUCUGUACAUAAAGAUCAGCCUUGCCAGGAAACAAGAGAAUUCACUACUUUGGGUUCCAGAAAAUUCAAGAAGCCUUUUCCCUGCCCUCAGUGCGAUCGCAGCUACAAAAAUAAAAGUUCCCUCAAUCGACAUUUGCAGUACGAGUGUGGUACUUCCAAAAGAUACGCCUGUCCACUUUGCGAUGUUCGAAUGUUUCAUAGCACGAGUCUUCAAGAACAUAUUAUAUUUGCUCAUAGUUGAGUUCGUCCCUUAUAAAAAUGAUUUUUCAUAACACAUGCAUGAUUUCGACCCUUUUCGUUGCCAAUUCAGCGGAGUCAAAGUUAUACUUUUAGUCUCUAGGUAGUGAAAAGUUCCUUUUACGCCCUAAGGAGGAAAAGGUGAUGUCAGAGGUGAAUGAUAAAAAUUAACAAGCGAUCAUGCAUUUGCUAUAAAAAAUAUAUAAUAAUGUCUGUUUGGU